GAGAGAGAGAGAGAAAUAGUGCGCGACACACACGGCGUGAACGUGUGUGUCGUACACGGAGGUCUCUUAUUUCACGCGCGCGCGAGAGAGCGUGCUGCGGGACUCUCCUUUCUGAAUUGUAGAUCGAUGCACCGGAGAAAGGGAAAGAGAGAGGAUUGCUCGUGACCGUCAACACGUAUCGAGUACGCCGCUCGAGACGCGUGUCACGCGUUCAUACCUCCUCCCCACGUGUGACAUAUAAUUCCGAUGUAAUGUAAAAUAAAUAAAUAAAACUCGAAUUAAUCUAAUCUGUUUCUUUUCCCGACAGUUGGCGAGUGUUCAAACAGCCGUUUCUGCUUUCGUGGGAUGCAUUCGCGAAUAAGUACGAUCCUGUGCCACACUGUUGAUCCGGGACGAUUCGGGACUAUCUUUUCCAUCUUUUGUAAAUAAAUCGAAACGGUUUUAUGAACAUUAUCGGACGGCUUUGCCGAAUAUGCUUCGCGUAUCGUUAAAUAAAGUAUAAUUUUAUUUUCGGGACAUUCGCGCGCGCACAAAUUAUUCAGGUUCGUCGCGCCGCUUUACAAUCGCUCUUUGUGUCUCGCGCGACGGCGACGGGUUUGAUGGGACGAAAGGCGAGAAAUGUGCGUGUUCGCACUCGCUCGUUCCCUUGUCGCCUAGGCCAUCCUUUCCUCCGGCCCACGCGUCGCGAUCGCUUCAUUUCCAUCGAUGGCCGCGCUCGUUGCCGCGCGUGCAAUUUGCAACUUUGUUUUGAUCGCGCACGUGUUUCAAAAACGUGGCACAAAUUCGCGUCGGCGAAUCAAAUUUCCGAGUGGCGGGGGCGCGCGUUUCGAAAAUUUGCGCAAAUGUAAAGUCCAUGAUUAUACGCAGCCGUCCGUGGGAUGAUUUUAAUUGUGCUUUGCGAUUCGAGCGCGAAAUCGGUGUUCCUGAAAAUCGAACGUUGGUCUCUCGUCGCUUGACAAAAGGCCACGUUCAAUAGGCUUGUUUUAAUUUUUUAACUACUCUCAUUCUCUCUCUUUCUCUUUCUCUCUCUCUUUCUCUUGUAUUAUUUCAUCACCGUUUCGUCGCGCUCGCGUUUUCUUUUCCAUUCAAUUUCACUCUGAAUUUUUUAAUUCAUCAAACGAUGAAAUCUCGUUUCGUGUUACUGGGUUAACUCCAUAUCUUUUUUUUUUGUUAAGAAUUCCAAUAAUAACCGCAAGCGGUGGAGCAAUGUGGGGGAAAAGCGAUACCGCGUGUUAUAUCUCAUCGAUUGAUUGAGCAACUAAUUGGACGAUUAACAAGGCUGAUUUGAGACACGUUUGCGUAGGGAAAAAAAAAGAAAUAGGGGACAACCAAUUCUCGAUCGUCAAUAGCUGCGUCUUGCAGGCAGGAUCAAUCGCUUGAUUCGGCGUCUCUUCGAUAGGGGAACAGGAGACCGUAGGAGGUGGUUCGCGACGCGACGCGAAGGAAAGCGCGCGUGAAAUCACAAGGACGACACUCCCGUUUUAUGCGCUCCUGGUAUCGGUGGACAUUCAUCCAGCACCCUUUCGGAGCCGAGGCGUCCAUUCCAGAGCUCCUAUAUGUCAUCUCUAUUCUUCCCUUAGAUUUUUAUCCCUUUCGCCAUGGAAAACAUGAUAAUCUUGCGAAAAUCUUGGGAGUAAAGACUAUGAUUACAAUUUUCGAUGAAAAAUAAUGCGAAUUAAAUCACGGACUAUUCCUUAUUAAUCCUUACAUUUUGAAAAUAAUCGAGAUUUUUUUAUUUAUAACUUUUGCUGUAAUUUAGAGAUAUUAGGUCAUUCAUAGUUAAAUGGAUUUUAGCAAUUUUGUAGUUAUCGUUUAGGAGAAAUAAACAUAAUAGAAAUAAUGGAUUUUUACCGAUAAAUUUCAUAUACGUUGAUUGUGAAACGCCUCUCAAUGCCUCUCGUCAUUAUCAACGAUAUAUUCAAACUGGAUUCGAGUGCUUAUACGACUACGUGUACAGAUAUGGUCUAUUCUCUCUGAUCGAUCUGAAUUUUUUAUAAAUUAGUGAAAGUAGUACAGAGAGCGAAGAGCGAGAGCGAUUUGAUUGUGUAUUACUAGAAAAAGCGGCGGAAAGAACAAAAGAGGGGAGAUGAGAACGCGACCAAUGGACUGGACCCGUUCGACGACGACGAUGACGAGGAUAAGCUUAGAGAUAUGGCGAGACGGUUUGAGGCGAAAUAUGGAACAUCCACUAUGGGAAAGAAAAGGCACAAGUAUGACGAUUACGUAGACUUGGGUGCGGGAUAUGACGAAAAUGACUCUUUCAUCGACAAUACUGAUGCUUAUGAUGAAAUCGUACCCGAAGAGAUGACUACAGCGCACGGAGGUUUCUAUAUUAAUUGCGGAGCUCUCGAGUUUAGAGCAGCUGAUAGACGUUCGUUAGUCCAUAACAAUAACAACAACAACAACAACAACAACAACAACAAUAAUAAUAAUAAUAACAGUGAUGAUGAGGAGAGUAGUGAAAGUAGCGAGGAGGAUACUGAAGAUGUAGAUAGUCCUAAAAGAGAAGAUAAACGAACCAUUAGCUCUUCGGAUGACGAUGAGACAGAGGAUAUUACUGGUGAUAACCCGCGAAAAAGACGGAAAAUUGAAGAAAAUAACGAGAAAAAAGUUAAUCACGAACAUAAUAAAAAAAGGAAAAAGCCGCAAAAUCAUCAGACGCAGGACGCACAACAGCAAAAUUCUCAACAAGAUUUGGAGCUUUUGAGACGGAAGGAAAAGAACGAGACGACAGAUGCUGAGGGAGGUACAGCUUCAGAAGAUCAAGAAGAGAAGAAAAAGUCUGAUAAACCAGAGAAAAAUAAAAUAAUUGAGAAAAAGUUUGAUAUUAAAAAAUUCGAAAAGAAAUCAUCCAAUAGUAACGGAUAUGAUGUGAAGAAAAUAGAUCUAAAAAGAUUGGAGGCUAAAGACAGCAAUAUUGAUGAUGCGAUAGAGAGUGUCGUCAAUGCUGCUAGAGGAAUCGAAGAUGAAUCGAGUCGCGAUACAAUGGAUUCGGGAAAAUCUCGUGCUUACCUUUGUGUUGAAUCUGACGGAGAGGAAAUGGAAAAUAAGGAGGCGUCUUUACCUGAGAAUCUACCCGAUGAUAUAAGAGAUAUAGUAAAUAAAUUAAAAAUUCAAGCGGAAAACAGCAAAGACGGCAAAAGUAAAUUCUUUAAUAGCACAGUUAACGAAAUACUCUUUAAUUUAGAGAAGAAACUGCGAAUAUUGAAUUCGCCUAGUAUAAGAUUACAAACCUAUGGACAUCUUGUGCGGUUUUUACCUUGUAGCAAAAUUACUCUUCUUAGUAGGGCUAAGAAGCUUUAUUUAAAAGACGCCGAUCACAGAGUGAAUGAACCGAUGCAAAAAUUAAAGGUGCUCAUUGAUAAUGUUAUGCCUUCAGUUAUGGACAAAUACAUGAAGGAAUGUCAGAAAGUUGCUGAUGAAAAUCCUCAAUUAUACUGGGAGAUAUAUCGGUACUGUUGGGGUUUUGAAGGAACUCCUGCAGACGCGGAGAGCAGCGAUGAGGAAGAUGGUUCAUCUAAAAAUAUGGAAAAGCCGAAAAUACCACGGAAACGAUUUCCAUGGACUGACGAAGCAAAAAAACUCGUUCUUGAAAUUGCAAACGCCAGGAGACAUUAUUUCAAAAUUCUCAGAUCAAGAAAAGAGAGUAUGGAAUCGUUUGUGGCUACUUUUAUAGAUACAAAAGUCUUACCAUUGUGGCCACCCGGAUACGUGCGAUUGCAAACUUUGCUAAAAUAUGCUAGUCCAGUUGAACCCGCCAUUAAGAAGAAAUUGAAGAAGCCAAAAGAAAUGGUCAGUGCAAACAACGUUACCACUUCUGUCAAUACUCAAGUUUGCAAUGUUGUCACAAAGAACGAUGCAACAAACACGAAUAAUCUUUCAUCUCAAGAAAAUGAGAGGACAAACACGAAUAUGUCCAAAGUUCAGAUCAUCGGUGAAAAUUCGACAAAUUUUGCAAGUCAAACGACAGCGAAGUCUAACGACGUCAAUAUCGAUCGAAAACAACAUAGUAGUAAAUAUAAAGACAAGCAUACAGAGAAUAGUACGAGCCUGCAACAAGAAUGUGCCGCGGUUUCCGCCAAUAAUUUCACAGUUGGUAAAAUUUCUGUAGUACCUACAGCACAACUGAUGGCACAAAAGCCAAUGAAGAGUCACGCUGAGAAAUUUAAUUUCAUGGAUUUAACAAAUAGUUCUCUAUCUAUAACACGUGUUGAUUACGACAAAGUAUCGCCAAAGCUAACUGAAACAAUAAAGGAUAGAGUUUCUAUCACGGCAUGUCCAGAACCCGUGAGUCAUUCUAAAACAAACGAAACUCUUCCAGCUGGACAUCAUUCCAUAUACAGACAAGAUACUUCCUACUCGUCAGGACAGGCCUUAAAACACAGAUUUUUGCAGGAAAAUACUGACGUUAAAUGCGAUAAGAGAUUGGACGAUAAAGAUGUCGACGCAAUGAUCAACAAGACUGACAAAAAGGAGAAAAAACGAGAGCGAUGUGUGGAAGUCAAGCAUAAAUCGUCGCACGAUCAAAAGAAAAGAAAGAAGGAUCACAAGAUGAUUGAGCAACAGACAGGGCCUAUUAACCAAGACCUAGUGCCUAUGCCACAGCAACCGACCCUUUCGAAGGAGGAACAGGAACAAAGACAAAACGAGGAAACGAUUGCUGCAACUAAUUUCCUCAGUCAGAUUAUCAACGACGACUCUUCGCCGCGAGGAUUAACUGAUAAACGGAAAGAUGGUUUUAUUACGGACGAUACCUUGGGUAAUACGAUACAACCAACGGAACAGGAGAAAGAUGUCCAGAUGGUAAUGAGGUCGUUGAAAGAGCUGCAGGAAUUACAAGAAAUGAAAUACUCUCCUAAUAAUUCGCCGGUCGGCAGUACCAUACAAAAACCUGGUAAAUCGAACGCGCAGUAUGUUACUUAUCAAGAAGAUUAUCAAAGAUUAUAUCUCAAGAAGGAGGUCUAAGGAAGGAAUGAUAGAAAUAAUGUAUGUUAUCGCCUGUUUGAAGUUUUUUUUUUCUAGGAAAGAUAUAGUGAUGAUCGGUUAGUUUUGCGAAGGAUAAUGGACGGAACUCUCGAUAUAUUUAUAUAUUUACGUUUUGUUUUGUACGAACGUUGUAGCGAAGGCUGACAGAAAUUUCUUCCACUUGUAUGAACCCGUCGCUAUUGGCGAUAAGAAUGCAAAUUAAAAUGCAUGCAGAUGUCGAAUAUAGGUUUAUAGCGAUCAUACUGUGUAUGUCGUGUGUAAGGAUUUUUAAAAUAUUUUCAAACAAAAACCGCCAAAUUAUGUACAUACAUUAUAAAUUCGCUAGCGGUAGAAUUUCGGUUGUAUGUGUACAGUAUAAGUAUAUAAAUUAUAAAAUUCUAGAGUACUCAAAAGAGAUGUGGAUAUACUUGACAAAUGAACAACGAGCGAACAGCGAGCGCAAAGUUGAAAUUAAAAUGUCUAUCAAUUUUGUAAUAGAAUUAAAUGUGAAUUAAAUUUUGUUUAUAUUUACUAAGCAUAUAUGUUUUCAAGGGUAAUAAAAAUUAUAUUUGCUCUCCGUUCGUUAUUUGUUCGGUAUAUGUAUAUCGUAAUAAGUAUUUAUGUAAAUAAAUGAGUGCAGCGUCCAGUCGCUCCGUGAAUUGGGUGUUAUCCAACAAUUUUAUUUUCAUUUAUUCGACGAGCCAUCUGUAAUUUUGGCGAUUUGGUGACAUUUACUUUUGGCUACAUAUAUAACAUUUUAUUUUAAUCAUAAAUGUAAGCAUUAAAUGCUUUCUUUUUUAAAAAUAACGUCGCAGUAGAAACGAAUGUAUUAUUGAUAUUCGUAAACUUACGCUUUGCAUUUUCUUUAAUUACUUUUUAAUCACCCUGCGUCACAGAGCGAGAAAAAAGAUGUCUUAUGUACUGUUCAUUCUUGUAUUUUGGUUGUCAUUUCUCAUCGCAAUAUAUAUGAACUUAAACGAAAAGAAAACGAUUAAUUCGGUAUAUCUAUUAAUUUCUUGAAAUUGCUUUAUUGCCUUCCAUGAUAUGAUAAUUAUGAUUAUAACAGAUGGCGAUCUGCUAUAGAUAAUAAUUAUAAUUAUAUACGGAUUGGCGAUUGCACAGAACAAAUUAGAAUGCGAAACUGCGGUACUGGAUACGCGCAUCAUUUGGUAGGAACAAAAGGUCGUAACACUUCCACUGUACAUUAUCUUUGCGCCGAAUCUUUUUUUGUCGUAACAUCACAAUAAAAUGUAACUUCAAUGCUUCAUAGUGUUGGAGGAGGGAGUGCGAUUAUCACUAGAUUAGCUCAAGAAGGUACAUGCAAGCAUCCGUUGCUUUCUCAACUUGCAGAUUUGUGUGGCUUUGUAUGUGGCUUGACUGAACAAUAGAUACAUUAGAUAGUGCGAAGAGAAAGAAAGUGCGAGAGGACGUUGUGUGAGAAAGAGAUGUCUAGCGAGACGAUGAGUACGUGAGAGAGCGAGAGAGCGAGAGACAACUAGAAUAUUUUUGGAACACAUAAAGAUGAUUAGUACUGUA